AGAGAGAGAGAGAGAGAGAGAGAGAGAGGGGCAGAAAACGCCCUGGAAACUUUGUUGAUCAAAUAAGAAAAUAGUGACAGAAUCCUCACAGACUGCGAAGUUGUGACUGGAAGCAGUGCUCUUUCUUGGGCUGUGUAGAAGGACAGAGGACACGUUUUCAAGGAUGCUCAAGCUGGUGUGAGGCUUCUCGGGGCGCACAGACUGCGCACAGAAGUCAAAAAUAAAAGAACCACAGCAUCAGACUGAAGCCCUUGGCUUUGCUUGAGCAAUCCGAGCAGGAAAACCAAGAUUGAGUUUCCAUCACACACUAGUUUAAAUCGAGGGGAAGAAAAUAAAGAUGGCUGAAGAGGAGGAAACCAGGGAGGUGCUCUUUCCAGACUGGGAGGGUCCUGACAAAACUGGCUUGACUAUUGAACAGACAAGUGAAGGAGAGAUUUUUGUCAAGGAGGUCAAAGGAGAGUCACCGGCAGCACGGUCUGGAAAAGUAUAUGAAGGUGACCAGAUUGUAGGCGCCACUGUCUACUUUGAUAACAUGAGCUCAGAAGAAACAGCUGAGCUACUGAAGACAUUGAAUCGCCACAAAGUUGGACUGAAACUGCAAAACAGAGACAAAUCACCUUGCUGCUCACCUUUGAGCACACCAUGCCGUUCACCAAUGGGCACGCUGACAUGGGAAGGGAAGACCCACUUUGGAGGUUCCAGUCCAGACAUUAUUCUUGGUGGAGAUGAUGAGGAAUAUAAGAGAAUAUAUACAAAAAAAAUCAAACCAAGGCUGAAGUCUGAAGAUCUUGCAGAGGGAGUGGAUGUUCGCACAGAACGUCACAGCAGCACAAGCAGUGAUGGCAGCACAAUUACCACCAUCACCCGUCGCAUUACUACCUACACUGUGGAUAUGCCUAUUGGCAUAGGUGACCAACUUGAACUUGCAGGCCCAAAUCUCAAGGGGCAAAGGCACGAAUCUGGUGAUGGCUCCCCUCAUAUCAGAAUUGCUCAUGGCAGUCCUUCAGGUAAAGUGGAAACAGAAGGUGUUUUUGAGUCAAGUGAUGUCUCUUACACUGGGCCAAAAGUUGGCUCAAUAGAGACACGCUUGGGCAGUGGGGGAGUUCAGACCACAACAAUUACAAGAGAUGUAGAUAGAGACAGAGGUACAGGACUCAGAUUUAAAGGGCCUAACUUUGGAGUAACAGAGGGUAAAGGCCAGAAAGUCUUUGAGAUCUCAGGAGGAAAUGGAGAGAAAGGUGAUGGAAGUAUUCAGGUGUUAGAAAGUAUGACACUAAGCAACAGCUCAAACACUGGUAGUAGGCAGGUUGUAAUAGGCGGUAGGGGAGUUGCAGGGUCAGCUGAUGAAAACGGAGGAUCAGUUAGUCUGUCUUUGCCAGGACAAAGCAUGCAGAUUAUGACUUCUCCUAUGGAAAUAACACAAGGAGAAGGUGUUGACAAAAGUUUAGGUGAAAGGACAAAAGUCAAGGUAUCUGAAAUUACUGUCAGUCACCCGCAAUCAAAGAGAUCAGAUAGUACUAAUAUUCAUAAUGUCAAACUUGUUGGAGUUCCAAGAGGAAUAGAUACUGAAUUAAGAGAUGGCAAGAUUGGAGCAUCGGCAAUAACAGAAGGCAAUGUUACCUCAGGUUAUUCCUCAGUCCCAGGCAAGAUUCCAGUUGCAGGUGUGGAUGCCACCCCUAUGGGAUUAAAGUUCAAAGGUGAACUUAAUGCCAACCUGCCAAGCACAAGGCAGGUAAUACAAGCAUCUGGAAUACACACUGAAUUCCCAGGCCAUGAAACUGAUGACACUCUGAGAGGCAGAGAACAGUCAAUGGUCAAAUUACCUGACAUUUCUGGGCCUAGUAUCUCCAUGUCAGAUGUGGAUUCAAAUACACAAGGUCUUAAACUCAAAGGUGAUGUGAAUGUGUCAGCGCCAAAGAUAAAAGGUCAAAAAGGGGAGAGUCCAAAUAUAGAUAUACACCUCCCAAAGGCAAAUAUUGAUUUGAAAGCACCUCAUGACAUUAAAGGGCCAGAGGUUGAUCUGAAAGGUCCAAAACUGGAAGGUGAUUUAGGUGUGUCAGCUCCAAAGUUAAAGGGAGCAAUAAACACACCUAAAAUUGACAUCCAAGGAUCCAAUGUUGAUAUUCAAGACACCAAGGGUGGAUUUGGAAUGCCGAUAAUCAAAAUGGCAAAGGUUGAGGGUCCAGAUGUUGGUAUACACCUCCCUAAAGCAAAUGCUAAGGUUGAAAUUGAAGGACCAGAUGCCAAACUGAAAGGAACCAAAUUUAACAUGCCAAACAUUUCCGGACCAAAAAUCUCAAGGCCAAAUAUGGACUUCAAUCGGAAAGGUGACAUUGAUGUAUCACUUUCAAAGAUUGAAGGAGACAUGAAAGCACCUGAACUUGACAUCAAAGGACCUCAGGUUGAUAUUGAAGGUCCCAAAGAUGGAUUUGAGAUGCCAAAAGUCAAAAUGCCAUCAUUUGGCCUCAGUGGUCCAAAAGUGUCGUGUCCAGAGGUUGAUAUAAACCUUCCCAAAGCAGACAUUGAUGUGAAAGCACCCAAUAUUGACAUCAAAGGGCCAGAUUUUGACAUUGAAGGAUCAGAUGCCAAAAUAAAAGGACCCAAAUUUAACCUGCCAAAAAUUUCUGGAACGAAAAUGUCCAUGCCAGACGUGGACAUCAAUCUGAAAAGUCCCAAACUCAAAGGUGACGUGGAUGUAUCAUGUCCAAAGAUUGAAGGAGACAUAGUAGCACCUGAAGUUGACAUCAAAGGACCACAGGUUGAUAUUGAAUGUCCCAAAGGUGGAUUCGAGAUGCCAAAAUUCAAAAUACCAUCAUUUGGCUUCAGUGGUCCAAAAGUGUCGUGUCCAGAUGUUGAUAUAAACCUUCCCGAAGCAGACAUUGAUGUGAAAGCACCUGAUAUUGACAUCAAAGGACCAAAACUCGACCUUGAAGGACCAGAUGCCAAACUAAAAGGACACAAAUUCAAAAUGCCAACAAUUUCUGGAACGAAAAUGUCCAUGCCAGACGUCGACUUGAACCUGAAAGGUCCCAAACUCAAAGGUGACGUGGAUGUAUCAUGUCCAACGAUUGAAGGAGACAUAGAAGCACCUGAUUUUGACAUCAAAGGACCACAGGUUGAUAUUAAAGGUCCCAAAGGUGGAUUCGAGAUGCCAAAAAUCAAAAUGCCAUCAUUUGGCCUAAAAAGUUCAAAAGUGGAUUGUCCAGAUGUUGAUAUAGACCUUCCCAAAGCGGAAAUUGAUGUGAAAGCACCCGAUCUUGACUUUAAAGGACCAAAACUUGACCUUGAAGGACCAGAUGCCAAACUAAAAGGACACAAAUUCAAAAUGCCAACAAUUUCUGGACCGAAAAUCUCCAUGCCAGACGUCGACUUGAAUCUGAAAGGUCCCAAACUCAAAGGUGACGUGGAUGUAUCAUGUCCAACGAUUGAAGGAGACAUAGAAGCACCUGAUUUUGACAUCAAAGGACCACAGGUUGAUAUUAAAGGUCGCAAAGGUGGAUUCGAGAUGCCAAAAAUCAAAAUGCCAUCAUUUGGCGUAAAAGGUUCAAAGGUAGAUUGUCCAGAUGUUGAUAUAAACCUUCCCAAAGCAGAAAUUGAUGUGAAAGCACAUCUUGACAUCAAAGGACCAAAACUUGACCUUGAAGGACCAGAUGCCAAACUAAAAGGACACAAAUUCAAAAUGCCAACAAUUUCUGGAACGAAAAUGUCCAUGCCAGAUGUCGACUUGAAUCUAAAAGGUCCCAAACUCAAAGGUGACGUGGAUGUAUCAUGUCCAACGAUUGAAGGAGACAUAGAAGCACCUGAUUUUGACAUCAAAGGACCACAGGUUGAUAUUAAAGGUCGCAAAGGUGGAUUCGAGAUGCCAAAAAUCAAAAUGCCAUCAUUUGGCGUAAAAGGUUCAAAGGUAGAUUGUCCAGAUGUUGAUAUAAACCUUCCUAAAGCAGAAAUUGAUGUGAAAGCACCUGAUCUUGACAUCAAAGGACCAAAACUUGACCUUGAAGGACCAGAUGCCAAACUAAAAGGACACAAAUUCAAAAUGCCAACAAUUUCUGGAACGAAAAUGUCCAUGCCAGAUGUCGACUUGAAUCUAAAAGGUCCCAAACUCAAAGGUGACGUGGAUGUAUCAUGUCCAACGAUUGAAGGAGACAUAGAAGCACCUGAUUUUGACAUCAAAGGACCACAGGUUGAUAUUAAAGGUCGCAAAGGUGGAUUCGAGAUGCCAAAAAUCAAAAUGCCAUCAUUUGGCCUCAAAGGUUCAAAAGUGGAUUGUCCAGAUGUUGAUAUAAACCUUCCCAAAGCAGAAAUUGAUGUGAAAGCACCCGAUCUUGACAUCAAAGGAACACAACUUGACCUUGAAGGACCAGAUGCCAAACUAAAAGGACACAAAUUCAAAAUGCCAACAAUUUCUGGAACGAAAAUGUCCAUGCCAGACGUCGACUUGAAUCUGAAAGCUCCCAAACUCAAAGGUGACGUGGAUGUAUCAUGUCCAACGAUUGAAGGAGACAUAGAAGCACCUGAUUUUGACAUCAAAGGACCACAGGUUGAUAUUAAAGGUCGCAAAGGUGGAUUCGAGAUGCCAAAAAUCAAAAUGCCAUCAUUUGGCCUCAAAGGUUCAAAAGUGGAUUGUCCAGAUGUUGAUAUAAACCUUCCCAAAGCAGACAUUGAUGUGAAAGCACCCAAUAUUGACAUCAAAGGGCCAGAUUUUGACAUUGAAGGAUCAGAUGCCAAACUAAAAGGACACAAAUUCAAAAUGCCAAAGAUUUCUGGUCCAAAAAUAUCUAUGCCAGAUAUGGACCUCGAUCUGAAAGGUCCAAACCUCAAAGGUGAUUUAGAUGUGUCAGCUCCAAAGAUAGAGGGAGACAUAAAAGCACCUGGUUUUGACAUGGAAGCACCACAGCUUGAUAUUGAAGGACCCAAACCUGGAUUUGAGAUGCCAAAAAUCAAAAUGCCAAAAUUUGGCUUCAAAGUUCCAAAAGUGGAGGGUCCAGAUGUUGAUAUAGACCUUCCCAAAGCAGACAUUGAUGUGAAAGCACCCAAUAUUGACAUUCAAGGGCCAGAUUUUGACAUUGCAGGACCAGAUGCCAAAGUAAAAGGACCCAAAUUCAAAAUGCCAACAAUUUCUGGACCGAAAAUCUCCAUGCCAGAUGUGGACUUCAAUCUGAAAGGUCCCAAACUCAAAGGUGACGUGGAUGUAUCAUGUCCAAAAAUUGAAGGAGACAUAGAAGCACCUGAAGUUGACAUCAAAGGACCAGAGCUUGAUAUUGAAGGUCCCAAAGGUGAAUUUGAGAUGCCAAAAAUCAAAAUGCCAUCAUUUGGCCUCAAAGUUUCAAAAGUGGAGGGUCCAGAUGUUGAUAUAGACCUUCCCAAAGCAGACAUUGAUGUGAAAGCACCCAAUAUUGAUAUCAAAGGACCAAAACUUGACCUUGAAGGACCAGAUGCCAAACUUAAAGGACACAAAUUCAAAAUGCCAACAAUUUCUGGACCGAAAAUCUCCAUGCCAGAUGUGGACUUCAAUCUGAAAGGUCCCAAACUCAAAGGUGACGUGGAUGUAUCAUGUCCAAAGAUUGAAGGAGACAUAGAAGCACCUGAAGUUGACAUCAAAGGACCACAGGUUGAUAUUGAAGGGCCAGAUUUUGACAUUGAAGGAUCAGAUGCCAAACUAAAAGGACACAGACUCAAAAUGCCAAAAAUUUCUGGACCGAAAAUCUCUAUGCCAGAUAUGGACUUCAAUCUGAAAGGUCCCAAACUCAAAGGUGACGUGGAUGUAUCAUGUCCAAAGAUUGAAGGAGACAUAGAAGCACCUGAAGUUGACAUCAAAGGACCACAGGUUGAUAUUGAAGGUCCCAAAGGUGGAUUCGAGAUGCCAAAAAUCAAAAUGCCAAAAUUUGGCCUCAAAGGUUCAAAAGUGGAGGGUCCAGAUGUUGAUAUAGACCUUCCCAAAGCAGACAUUGAUGUGAAAGCACCCAAUAUUGAUAUCAAAGGACCAAAACUUGACCUUGAAGGACCAGAUGCCAAACUAAAAGGACACAAAUUCAAAAUGCCAACAAUUUCUGGACCGAAAAUCUCCAUGCCAGAUGUGGACUUCAAUCUGAAAGGUCCCAAACUCAAAGGUGACGUGGAUGUAUCAUGUCCAAAGAUUGAAGGAGACAUAGAAGCACCUGAAGUUGACAUCAAAGGACCACAGGUUGAUAUUGAAGGCUCCAAAGGUGGAUUCGAGAUGCCAAAAAUCAAAAUGCCAAAAUUUGGCCUCAAAGGUUCAAAAGUGGAGGGUCCAGAUGUUGAUAUAGACCUUCCCAAAGCAGACAUUGAUGUGAAAGCACCCAAUAUUGAUAUCAAAGGACCAAAACUUGACCUUGAAGGACCAGAUGCCAAACUAAAAGGACACAAAUUCAAAAUGCCAACAAUUUCUGGACCGAAAAUCUCCAUGCCAGAUGUGGACUUCAAUCUGAAAGGUCCAAACUCAAAGGGUCCAGAUGUUGAUAUAGACCUUCCCAAAGCAGACAUUGAUGUGAAAGCACCCAAUAUUGAUAUCAAAGGACCAAAACUUGACCUUGAAGGACCAGAUGCCAAACUAAAAGGACACAAAUUCAAAAUGCCAACAAUUUCUGGACCGAAAAUCUCCAUGCCAGAUGUGGACUUCAAUCUGAAAGGUCCCAAACUCAAAGGUGACGUGGAUGUAUCAUGUCCAAAGAUUGAAGGAGACAUAGAAGCACCUGAAGUUGACAUCAAAGGACCACAGGUUGAUAUUGAAGGCUCCAAAGGUGGAUUCGAGAUGCCAAAAAUCAAAAUGCCAAAAUUUGGCCUCAAAGGUUCAAAAGUGGAGGGUCCAGAUGUUGAUAUAGACCUUCCCAAAGCAGACAUUGAUGUGAAAGCACCCAAUAUUGAUAUCAAAGGACCAAAACUUGACCUUGAAGGACCAGAUGCCAAACUAAAAGGACACAAAUUCAAAAUGCCAACAAUUUCUGGACCGAAAAUCUCCAUGCCAGAUGUGGACUUCAAUCUGAAAGGUCCCAAACUCAAAGGUGACGUGGAUGUAUCAUGUCCAAAGAUUGAAGGAGACAUAGAAGCACCUGAUUUUGACAUCAAAGGACCACAGGUUGAUAUUGAAGGUCCCAAAGGUGAAUUCGAGAUGCCAAAAAUCAAAAUGCCAAAAUUUGGCCUCAAAGGUUCAAAAGUGGAGGGUCCAGAUGUUGAUAUAGACCUUCCCAAAGCAGACAUUGAUGUGAAAGCACCCAAUAUUGAUAUCAAAGGACCAAAACUUGACCUUGAAGGACCAGAUGCCAAACUAAAAGGACACAAAUUCAAAAUGCCAACAAUUUCUGGACCGAAAAUCUCCAUGCCAGAUAUGGACUUCAAUCUGAAAGGUCCCAAACUCAAAGGUGACGUGGAUGUAUCAUGUCCAAAGAUUGAAGGAGACAUAGAAGCACCUGAAGUUGACAUCAAAGGACCACAGGUUGAUAUUGAAGGCUCCAAAGGUGGAUUCGAGAUGCCAAAAAUCAAAAUGCCAAAAUUUGGCCUCAAAGGUUCAAAAGUGGAGGGUCCAGAUGUUGAUAUAGACCUUCCCAAAGCAGACAUUGAUGUGAAAGCACCCAAUAUUGAUAUCAAAGGACCAAAACUUGACCUUGAAGGACCAGAUGCCAAACUAAAAGGACACAAAUUCAAAAUGCCAACAAUUUCUGGACCGAAAAUCUCCAUGCCAGAUGUGGACUUCAAUCUGAAAGGUCCCAAACUCAAAGGUGAAGUGGAUGUAUCAUGUCCAAAGAUUGAAGGAGACAUAGAAGCACCUGAAGUUGACAUCAAAGGACCACAGGUUGAUAUUGAAGGUCCCAAAGGUGAAUUCGAGAUGCCAAAAAUCAAAAUGCCAAAAUUUGGCCUCAAAGGUUCAAAAGUGGAGGGUCCAGAUGUUGAUAUAGACCUUCCCAAAGCAGACAUUGAUGUGAAAGCACCCAAUAUUGACAUCAAAGGGCCAGAUUUUGACAUUGAAGGACCAGAUGCCAAACUAAAAGGACCCAAAUUUAACAUGCCAAAAAUGUCUGGACCGACAAUCUCCAUGCCACAUGUGGAUUUCAAUCUGAAAAGUCCAAAACUCAAAGGUGAUAUAGAUCUGUCAGCUCCAAAGAUAGAGGGAGACAUAAAAACUCCUAAAGUUGACAUCAAAGGUCCAGAUGUUGACAUUGACGUUGGCACAACUGGCAUGAAGAAAACGAAGUUCAAAAUGCCAAAAUUUGGAUUCAAGGGUUCUAAGAUAAAGACCCCUGACAAAGAAUUGAAAGUAGAAAAAGGGGAAAUCAACAUUAAAGGCAAUACUACGAGCUCAGCGGAUCUAGACCUUGACUUGGAACUGACCGGAUCAAAAAUAAAGGGAUCGAAAUUCAAAAUGCCAAAAUUUGGAUUCAGAAGCCCAAAGGUUGAAGAACCAGAGAUUGAUGUGAGUAUCCCAAAGACAGAAAUAGAUGUUAAUGCCCCAGAUAUGGAUAUUAAAGCACCUGACAUUGACAUUGAGAGCCCAAGUGGCAAAAUCAAAGGACACAAAUUCAAAAUGCCAACAAUUUCUGGACCCAAACUGCACAUGCCAGACGUGGACUUCAAUCUGAAAAGUCCAAAACUCAAAGGUGAUGUGGAUGUGUCAGCUCCAAAGAUAGAGGGAGACAUAAAUGCACCUGAUUUUGACAUCAAAGGACCACAGCUUGAUAUUGAAGGUUCCAAAGGUGGAUUCGAGAUGCCAAAAUUCAAAAUGCCAUCAUUUGGCUUCAGUGGUCCAAAAGUGGAAUGUCCAGAGGUUGAUAUAAACCUUCCCAAAGCAGACAUUGAUGUGAAAGCACCCAAUAUUGACAUCAAAGGGCCAGAGCUUGAUAUUGAAGGUCCCAAAGGUGCAUUUGAGAUGCCAAAAAUCAAAAUGCCAUCAUUUGGCCUCAAAGGUUCAAAAGUGGAUUGUCCAGAUGUUGAUAUAAACCUUCCCAAAGCAGACAUUGAUGUGAAAGCACCCAAUAUUGACAUCAAAGGGCCAGAUUUUGACAUUGAAGGAUCAGAUGGCAAACUAAAAGGACACAAAUUCAAAAUGCCAAAGAUUUCUGGUCCAAAAAUAUCUAUGCCAGAUAUGGACCUCGAUCUGAAAGGUCCAAAACUCAAAGGUGAUGUAGAUGUGUCAGCUCCAAAGAUAGAGGGAGACAUAAAAACACCGGAUUUUGACAUCAAAGGACCACAGGUUGAUAUUGAAGGUUCCAAAAGUGGAUUUGAGAUGCCAAAAUUCAAAAUGCCAUCAUUUGGCUUCAGUGGUCCAAAAGUGGAGUGUCCAGAUGUUGAUGUGAACCUUCCCAAAGCAGAAAUUGACGUGAAAGCACCCGAUCUUGACAUCAAAGGACCAAAACUUGACCUUGAAGGACCAGAUGCCAAACUUAAAGGACACAAAUUCAAAAUGCCAACAAUUUCUGGACCCAAACUGCACAUGCCAGACGUGGACUUCAAUCUAAAAGGUCCCAAACUCAAAGGUGAUGUGGAUGUAUCAGCUCCAAAGAUUAAGGGAGACAUAGAAGCCCCUGAUUUUGACAUCAAAGGACCACAGGUUGAUAUUGAAGGUUCCAAAGGUGGAUUCGAGAUGCCAAAAUUCAAAAUGCCAUCAUUUGGCUUCAGUGGUCCAAAAGUUGAAUGUCCAGAGGUUGAUAUAAACCUUCCCAAAGCAGACAUUGAUGUGAAAGCACCCAAUAUUGACAUCAAAGGGCCAGAGCUUGAUAUUGAAGGUCCCAAAGGUGCAUUUGAGAUGCCAAAAAUCAAAAUGCCAUCAUUUGGCCUCAAAGGUUCAAAAGUGGAUUGUCCAGAUGUUGAUAUAAACCUUCCCAAAGCAGACAUUGAUGUGAAAGCACCCAAUAUUGACAUCAAAGGGCCAGAUUUUGACAUUGAAGGUUCAGAUGGCAAACUUAAAGGACACAAAUUCAAAAUGCCAAAAAUUUCUGGUCCAAAAAUAUCUAUGCCAGAUAUGGACCUCGAUCUGAAAGGUCCAAAACUCAAAGGUGAUGUAGAUGUGUCAGCUCCAAAGAUAGAGGGAGACAUAAAAGCACCAGAUUUUGACAUCAAAGGACCACAGGUUGAUAUUGAAGGUUCCAAAAGUGGAUUUGAGAUGCCAAAAUUCAAAAUGCCAUCAUUUGGCUUCGGUGGUCCAAAAGUGGCAUGUCCAGAUGUUGAUGUGAACCUUCCCACAGCAGAAAUUGACAUGAAAGCACCCGAUCUUGACAUCAAAGGACCAAAACUUGACCUUGAAGGACCAGAUGCCAAACUUAAAGGACACAAAUUCAAAAUGCCAACAAUUUCUGGACCCAAACUGCACAUGCCAGACGUGGACUUUAAUCUAAAAGGUCCCAAUCUCAAAGGUGAUGUGGAUGUGUCAGCUCCAAAGAUUAAGGGAGACAUAGAAGCCCCUGAUUUUGACAUCAAAGGACCACAGCUUGAUAUUGAAGGUCCCAAAGGUGGAUUCGAGAUGCCAAAAUUCAAAAUGCCAUCAUUUGGCCACAAAGGUUCAAAAGUGGAAUGUCCAGAGGUUGAUAUAAACCUUCCCAAAGCAGACAUUGAUGUGAAAGCACCCAAUAUUGACAUCAAAGGGCCAGAUUUUGACAUUGAAGGACCAGAUGCCAAACUAAAAGGACCCAAAUUUAACCUGCCAAAAAUUUCUGGUCCAAAAAUAUCUAUGCCAGAUAUGGAUUUCAAUCUGAAAAGUCCAAAACUCAAAGGUGAUUUAAAUGUGUCAGCUCCGAAGAUAGAGGGAGACAUAAAAGCACCUGAUUUUGACAUCAAAGGACCACAGGUUGAUAUUGAAGGUUCCAAAAGUGGAUUUGAGAUGCCAAAAUUCAAAAUGCCAUCAUUUGGCUUCAGUGGUCCAAAAGUGGCAUGUCCAGAUGUUGAUGUGAACCUUCCCAAAGCAGAAAUUGACGUGAAAGCACCCGAUCUUGACAUCAAAGGACCAAAACUUGACCUUGAAGGACCAGAUGCCAAACUUAAAGGACACAAAUUCAAAAUGCCAACAAUUUCUGGACCCAAACUGCACAUGCCAGACGUGGACUUCAACCUGAAAAGUCCAAAACUCAAAGGUGAUGUGGAUGUGUCAGCUCCAAAGAUAGAGGGAGACAUAAAUGCACCUGAUUUUGACAUCAAAGGACCACAGCUUGAUAUUGAAGGGCCAGAGCUUGAUAUUGAAGGUCCCAAAGGUGCAUUUGAGAUGCCAAAAAUCAAAAUGCCAUCAUUUGGCCUCAAAGGUUCAAAAGUGGAUUGUCCAGAUGUUGAUAUAAACCUUCCCAAAGCAGACAUUGAUGUGAAAGCACCCAAUAUUGACAUCAAAGGGCCAGAUUUUGACAUUGAAGGACCAGAUGCCAAACUAAAAGGACCCAAAUUUAACCUGCCAAAAAUUUCUGCACCAAAAAUAUCUAUGCCAGAUAUGGAUUUCAAUCUGAAAAGUCCAAAACUCAAAGGUGAUUUAAAUGUGUCAGCUCCAAAGAUAGAGGGAGACAUAAAAGCACCUGAUUUUGACAUCAAAGGACCACAGGUUGAUAUUGAAGGACCAAAACUUGACCUUGAAGGACCAGAUGCCAAACUUAAAGGACACACAUUCAAAAUGCCAACAAUUUCUGGACCCAAACUGCACAUGCCAGACGUGGACUUCAAUCUAAAAGGUCCCAAACUCAAAGGUGACGUGGAUGUGUCAGCUCCAAAGAUUAAGGGAGACAUAGAAGCCCCUGAUUUUGACAUCAAAGGACCACAGCUUGAUAUUGAAGGUCCCAAAGGUGGAUUCGAGAUGCCAAAAUUCAAAAUGCCAUCAUUUGGCUUCGGUGGUCCAAAAGUGGCAUGUCCAGAGGUUGAUAUAAACCUUCCCAAAGCAGACAUUGAUGUGAAAGCACCCAAUAUUGACAUCAAAGGGCCAGAGCUUGAUAUUGAAGGACCAGAUGCAAAACUAAAAGGACACAAAUUCAAAAUGCCAUCAUUUGGCCUCAAAGGUUCAAAAGUGGAGUGUCCAGAUGUUGAUAUAAAUCUUCCCAAAGCAGACAUUGAUGUGAAAAGACCCGAUAUCGACAUUCAAGGGCCAGAUUUUGAUAUUGAAGGACCAGAUGCCAAACUAAAAGGACACAAAUUCAAAAUGCCAACAAUUUCUGGACCCAAACUGCACAUGCCAGACGUGGACUUCAAUCUAAAAGGUCCCAAACUCAAAGGUGACGUGGAUGUAUCAGCUCCAAAGAUUAAGGGAGACAUAGAAGCCCCUGAUUUUGACAUCAAAGGACCACAGCUUGAUAUUGAAGGUCCCAAAGGUGGAUUCGAGAUGCCAAAAAUCAAAAUGCCAUCAUUUGGCCUCAAAGGUUCAAAAGUGGAUUGUCCAGAUGUUGAUAUAAACCUUCCCAAAGCAGACAUUGAUGUGAAAGCACCCAAUAUUGACAUCAAAGGGCCAGAUUUUGACAUUGAAGGACCAGAUGCCAAACUAAAAGGACCCAAAUUUAACAUGCCAAAAAUUUCUGCACCAAAAAUAUCUAUGCCAGAUAUGGAUUUCAAUCUGAAAAGUCCAAAACUCAAAGGUGAUUUAAAUGUGUCCGCUCCAAAGAUAGAGGGAGACAUAAAAGCACCUGAUUUUGACAUCAAAGGACCACAGGUUGAUAUUGAAGGUUCCAAAAGUGGAUUUGAGAUGCCAAAAUUCAAAAUGCCAUCAUUUGGCUUCGGUGGUCCAAAAGUGGCAUGUCCAGAUGUUGAUGUGAACCUUCCCAAAGCAGAAAUUGACGUGAAAGCACCCGAUCUUGACAUCAAAGGACCAAAACUUGACCUUGAAGGACCAGAUGCCAAACUUAAAGGACACAAAUUCAAAAUGCCAACAAUUUCUGGACCCAAACUGCACAUGCCAGACGUGGACUUCAAUCUAAAAGGUCCCAAACUCAAAGGUGACGUGGAUGUAUCAGCUCCAAAGAUUAAGGGAGACAUAGAAGCCCCUGAUUUUGACAUCAAAGGACCACAGCUUGAUAUUGAAGGUUCCAAAGGUGGAUUCGAGAUGCCAAAAUUCAAAAUGCCAUCAUUUGGCCUCAAAGGUUCAAAAGUGGAUUGUCCAGAGGUUGAUAUAAACCUUCCCAAAGCAGACAUUGAUGUGAAAGCACCCAAUAUUGACAUCAAAGGGCCAGAUUUUGACAUUGAAGGACCAGAUGCCAAACUAAAAGGACACAAAUUCAAAAUGCCAUCAUUUGGCCUCAAAGGUUCAAAAGUGGAAUGUCCAGAUGUUGAUAUAAACCUUCCCAAAGCAGACAUUGAUGUGAAAGCACCCAAUAUUGACAUCAAAGGGCCAGAUUUUGACAUUGAAGGACCAGAUGCCAAACUAAAAGGACCCAAAUUUAACCUGCCAAAAAUUUCUGGUCCAAAAAUAUCUAUGCCAGAUAUGGAUUUCAAUCUGAAAAGUCCAAAACUCAAAGGUGAUUUAAAUAUGUCAGCUCCGAAGAUAGAGGGAGACAUAAAAGCACCUGAUUUUGACAUCAAAGGACCACAGGUUGAUAUUGAAGGUUCCAAAAGUGGAUUUGAGAUGCCAAAAUUCAAAAUGCCAUCAUUUGGCUUCAGUGGUCCAAAAGUGGCAUGUCCAGAUGUUGAUGUGAACCUUCCCAAAGCAGAAAUUGACGUGAAAGCACCCGAUCUUGACAUCAAAGGACCAAAACUUGACCUUGAAGGACCAGAUGCCAAACUUAAAGGACACAAAUUCAAAAUGCCAACAAUUUCUGGACCCAAACUGCACAUGCCAGACGUGGACUUCAAUCUGAAAAGUCCAAAACUCAAAGGUGAUGUGGAUGUGUCAGCUCCAAAGAUAGAGGGAGACAUAAAUGCACCUGAUUUUGACAUCAAAGGACCACAGCUUGAUAUUGAAGGUUCCAAAGGUGGAUUCGAGAUGCCGAAAUUCAAAAUGCCAUCAUUUGGCUUCAGUGGUCCAAAAGUGGAAUGUCCAGAGGUUGAUAUAAACCUUCCCAAAGCAGACAUUGAUGUGAAAGCACCCAAUAUUGACAUCAAAGGGCCAGAGCUUGAUAUUGAAGGUCCCAAAGGUGCAUUUGAGAUGCCAAAAAUCAAAAUGCCAUCAUUUGGCCUCAAAGGUUCAAAAGUGGAUUGUCCAGAGGUUGAUAUAAACCUUCCCAAAGCAGACAUUGAUGUGAAAGCACCCAAUAUUGACAUCAAAGGGCCAGAUUUUGACAUUGAAGGACCAGAUGCCAAACUAAAAGGACCCAAAUUUAACAUGCCAAAAAUUUCUGCACCAAAAAUAUCUAUGCCAGAUAUGGAUUUCAAUCUGAAAAGUCCAAAACUCAAAGGUGAUUUAAAUGUGUCAGCUCCAAAGAUAGAGGGAGACAUAAAAGCACCUGAUUUUGACAUCAAAGGACCACAGGUUGAUAUUGAAGGUUCCAAAAGUGGAUUUGAGAUGCCAAAAUUCAAAAUGCCAUCAUUUGGCUUCGGUGGUCCAAAAGUGGCAUGUCCAGAUGUUGAUGUGAACCUUCCCAAAGCAGAAAUUGACGUGAAAGCACCCGAUCUUGACAUCAAAGGACCAAAACUUGACCUUGAAGGACCAGAUGCCAAACUUAAAGGACACACAUUCAAAAUGCCAACAAUUUCUGGACCCAAACUGCACAUGCCAGACGUGGACUUCAAUCUAAAAGGUCCCAAACUCAAAGGUGACGUGGAUGUGUCAGCUCCAAAGAUUAAGGGAGACAUAGAAGCCCCUGAUUUUGACAUCAAAGGACCACAGCUUGAUAUUGAAGGUCCCAAAGGUGGAUUCGAGAUGCCAAAAUUCAAAAUGCCAUCAUUUGGCUUCGGUGGUCCAAAAGUGGCAUGUCCAGAGGUUGAUAUAAACCUUCCCAAAGCAGACAUUGAUGUGAAAGCACCCAAUAUUGACAUCAAAGGGCCAGAGCUUGAUAUUGAAGGACCAGAUGCAAAACUAAAAGGACACAAAUUCAAAAUGCCAUCAUUUGGCCUCAAAGGUUCAAAAGUGGAGUGUCCAGAUGUUGAUAUAAAUCUUCCCAAAGCAGACAUUGAUGUGAAAAGACCCGAUAUCGACAUUCAAGGGCCAGAUUUUGAUAUUGAAGGACCAGAUGCCAAACUAAAAGGACACAAAUUCAAAAUGCCAACAAUUUCUGGACCCAAACUGCACAUGCCAGACGUGGACUUCAAUCUAAAAGGUCCCAAACUCAAAGGUGACGUGGAUGUAUCAGCUCCAAAGAUUAAGGGAGACAUAGAAGCCCCUGAUUUUGACAUCAAAGGACCACAGCUUGAUAUUGAAGGUCCCAAAGGUGGAUUCGAGAUGCCAAAAAUCAAAAUGCCAUCAUUUGGCCUCAAAGGUUCAAAAGUGGAUUGUCCAGAUGUUGAUAUAAACCUUCCCAAAGCAGACAUUGAUGUGAAAGCACCCAAUAUUGAUAUCAAAGGGCCAGAUUUUGACAUUGAAGGACCAGAUGCCAAACUAAAAGGACCCAAAUUUAACCUGCCAAAAAUUUCUGCACCAAAAAUAUCUAUGCCAGAUAUGGAUUUCAAUCUGAAAAGUCCAAAACUCAAAGGUGAUUUAAAUGUGUCCGCUCCAAAGAUAGAGGGAGACAUAAAAGCACCUGAUUUUGACAUCAAAGGACCACAGGUUGAUAUUGAAGGUUCCAAAAGUGGAUUUGAGAUGCCAAAAUUCAAAAUGCCAUCAUUUGGCUUCAGUGGUCCAAAAGUGGCAUGUCCAGAUGUUGAUGUGAACCUUCCCAAAGCAGAAAUUGACGUGAAAGCACCUGAUCUUGAUAUCAAAGGACCAAAACUUGACCUUGAAGGACCAGAUGCCAAACUUAAAGGACACACAUUCAAAAUGCCAACAAUUUCUGGACCCAAACUGCACAUGCCAGAUGUGGACUUCAAUCUAAAAGGUCCCAAACUCAAAGGUGAUGUGGAUGUGUCAGCUCCAAAGAUUAAGGGAGACAUAGAAGCCCCUGAUUUUGACAUCAAAGGACCACAGCUUGAUAUUGAAGGUCCCAAAGGUGCAUUUGAGAUGCCAAAAAUCAAAAUGCCAUCAUUUGGCUUCAAAGGUUCAAAAGUGGAAUGUCCAGAUGUUGAUAUAAACCUUCCCAAAGCAGACAUUGAUGUGAAAGCACCCAAUAUUGACAUCAAAGGGCCAGAUUUUGACAUUGAAGGACCAGAUGCCAAACUAAAAGGACCCAAAUUUAACAUGCCAAAAAUUUCUGCACCAAAAAUAUCUAUGCCAGAUAUGGAUUUCAAUCUGAAAAGUCCAAAACUCAAAGGUGAUUUAAAUGUGUCAGCUCCAAAGAUAGAGGGAGACAUAAAAGCACCUGAUUUUGACAUCAAAGGGCCAGAUUUUGAGAUUGAAGGACCAGAUGCCAAAGUAAAAGGACCCAAAUUCAAAAUGCCAACAAUUUCUGGACCGAAAGUGUCCAUGCCAGACGUGGAUUUCAAUCGGAAAGGUCCUAAACUUAAAGGCGAUGUGGAUUUGUCAACUCCUUACAUGCAAGGCGAACUAAAAGGACCAGACUUGCCUAAAUUGGAGGGAGACAUCAAAAUUUCAAAUGCCAAAAUAGCAGUUCCCACCAUAGCCACGGGGGGUGUGGCUAUUGAUCCUGUAAAAACAGGUGUUUCAUUUCCUAAGUUCAAAGGACCAAAGUUUGGAAUGAAAGCCCCUGAUGUUGAGGGGCCUGAAUCAACUGUUAAUACACCAACGCUCAAUGUAGGUGGAAAAGGUUCCAAUACAGACUUUAGUCUCCCACAUACUGAGGCAAGUCUUGAUGCCCCUGACAUUAAUAUACAUGUGAAGGGGAAGAAGGGCAAAUUUAAACUCCCUAAAGUUAAAGUAAAGGGGAAGAAACCUGAAGUUGAUGUAGGACCACCAGGAGUAGACUUGGAUCUAGAUGCACCAAGUAUCAAUGUCAAAGGAAAAAAGGGAAAGAAGCCUCUUUUUGGUAAGCUUCAUUUCCCUGAUGUGGAAUUAGAUAUCAAAUCGUCCAAAUUGAAAGGCGAUGGAUCUUUUGCUGGGGGACUGAAAUCACCUGACAUAGAUUUACCAUCUUCAAGCUUCAACACUGCCAUUGAGUCUUCUGGUUCAAGCAUUAAACUGGAAAGGCCAGAUGUAAAUCUCAAGACUCCUAAAAUCAAAAUUUCAAAUCCAAACUUAUCUGCUCCUGAUAUUGAUGCAGAUCUAAAUAGACAUGGAGAGGCAAAAAUGUUUACAAGUUCUAAAGGCCAACAUUUUUAUGUGAAAGGUGGUGCAGAGUUUGACUCUAAUGUUGCUGGUGGCCUUCAUUUCCCAGAAGGUACUGUAACAUUUCCCAAAAUGAAGUUACCAAAAUUUGGUAUUGCUCUGCCUCAGUUGGAAGGGCCUCAAGGUGGUGGCAAUUUUGAAUCAGAUCUUGGAGCUAGUGGAAGCAUAAACAUACAGUCUCCAUCUGUUAUCCAAGUCAGUUCACAGAAUAUUGAGGUUCCCAGUCCAGAACUUAGGCACAGUGAAGGCAAAAUAAAGGUAAAGAUGCCAAAGUUUUUUGGCAAAUCAAAAGGAAAGGGCAGUAGUGUGGGUGACCUUCGGGGUCCAGAGGUAGACUUAAGUACAAGUGGGAAAGGCGGCAAGGUCUCUAAAGACCCAAGUGCAUUGGAGGGUGAUACUGGGCUUAGUAUGUCAACAAAAGGCAAAUCAGCCUCACUGGAUCUAUUUAAGAAAUCAAGGCACCGAUCUUCUUCUCUGAGUGAUGAGGGAGGGCUUGAAGUUAAUUCUCCCUCUGCUCACUUAGAGGCCGAGGGAGGUGACAUUUCAUUAGACCUAGGAGGAAGCAAGGUCAAAGGAAAGAAAGGCAAGUUGAAGUUUGGCACCUUUGGAGGUUUUGGUUCAAAGUCAAAAGGCUCAUAUGAAGUGUCACUUGGUGAGGACACUGGAGCAGGACUGGAGGGAAGUGCAGGUGUUUCUCUACCUACUAAGAAAACAAGAUUGUCCUCAUCUUCGAGCAGUGACAGUGGUUCAAGAGGUGGUUUCAGGUUCCCAAGGCUUGAAUUAUCUGUUUCACCAAAAAAAUGAAUAACUCUGAGGAAAAAUACAAUUUCGUACCCCCAAAUACCCUCUCCUAACAUAGCUCUUCACAUCAGUCCUUAAAAACCUAAGGAGACAUACCCAGUCAUUAUUGUUGUUAAACGUGUACGUCCUUUUUCAGUUAAAGACUGGAGUGCAUGAGAUCAUUUAAAAUCCCUCUAAACUGUAAAUAAGAUUAAUUUGUUUUGUAAUAAUAGAUAUUUGUACAUAGUCCAGAUUUAAUAAAUAUAUAUGCAAUCUCACCAAUAUUUCAUCCAUAGUUGAAUACAGGGUUAGUCUUUUUUUUUCCUAUUUCAUUCUAUGAGAUGACUAUUUUGAAUUAAUCGGUGUGGUUUAUUUGUAUCCAGGGGUCAAUGCACAGAACAGUGAGACUAGUUAUUUUUGAAGGAAAAUGUUGUCCAUACACCCUGACACAUGCAUAAGCAGUUACUGUUUUUAUUGUAUGACAUGUGUUUAUUUUCAUGCUUUGAUACCAUAUAAUCAGUGCAGAAUCCCAUUUCAACUUUGAGCUGGCCUGCAACAAUUGCAAAGACAAUCACUGUUUUGAAACUAUCAUCCCUCUGAAGUGCUGUCCGUAGUUUUCUUUUCAUUUAAGAAUUUUUUACCCGUACAUUUUUCUGCAAUUUAUCAAAAUAUGAUUUUUCUUUUUCUUUUUAUUCAUUUUGUUUCAUAACCCUGUCAUUGAAAUGCUUCACUCUUUCACAAUCAUCCAUAUUGUUACCCUAAUUUUCUGUCACUCUGCCUUUGUACAGAUGCUUUUUGAUAAUGCAAACAAUGUAAUACAAACAAUGUAACAAAUAAACACUCACUUUUUGAUGUCAAUUGUUAUGUACAAAAUAUAUGUUGAUAAAUAUUUGAUGGAAAUAGGGUAUGAUUUUUGGGGUCUAUUCUUUUGAGUACAUUCUUCCAAAUAAAUAUAAUAAAAUGAUUUUUAGAAUUA